GCGGGGUGAAGCGUCGGCGGCGCAGUCUGGGCCGGCAGCAGCGCGGGGCGGGCGGCGCCAUGUCCGGGGCGGAGGAGCGGGAGCCCGGCGGUGGGGGCCCGGCCGCCUCCUCCUCCGCGGCGGCCUCCUCCUCCGCGGGGCUCGGGGAGGCGGCGGGGCCGGCGGCGGCGGGGCCCGAGGAGCCGGGGCUGCUGCUCGGCGGGGCCCGGCCGCACGCGGAGCCCGCCGCCGACCCGGACGCGCCGCCCAAGAAGCGGCUGAAGGUGGCGGGGGCGGGCGGGGCCGAGGGCAGCGUGAAGCUGGAGGAGCGGCUGUACUCGGUGCUGUGCUGCACGGUGUGCCUGGACCUGCCCAAGGCCUCGGUCUACCAGUGUACUAAUGGUCACUUGAUGUGCGCUGGCUGUUUUAUCCACCUCCUAGCAGAUGCCCGGCUGAAGGAGGAGCAGGCUACGUGCCCCAAUUGCCGUUGUGAGAUCAGUAAGAGCCUAUGCUGCCGAAACCUGGCUGUGGAAAAAGCAGUGAGUGAGCUGCCAUCCGAGUGUGGCUUCUGCAUGCGGCAAUUUCCUCGCUCUCUGCUGGAGAGACACCAGAAAGAGGAGUGCCAGGACAGGGUGACUCAGUGCAGAUACAAGCGGAUCGGGUGCCCGUGGCAGGGUCCAUACCAUGAGCUGACAGUUCAUGAAGCGGAGUGCACUCACCCCACAAAGACUGGGAAUGAACUGAUGGAGAUUCUGGAUGAAAUGGACCAAACCCAUAAAAAAGAAAUGCAGCUGUAUAACAGUAUCUUCAGCCUGCUCAGCUUUGAGAAGAUUGGCUAUACAGAAGUUCAGUUCCGUCCCUAUCGAACCGAUGACUUCAUCACCCGCCUGUACUACGAGACGCCCAGGUUCACCGUGCUCAACCAGACCUGGGUGUUAAAGGCCCGCGUCAAUGACUCCGAACGCAACCCCAACCUGUCCUGCAAGCGCACCCUCUCCUUCCAGCUCAUUCUGAAAAGCAAGAUCAGCUCCCCCAUGGAGUGUUCCUUCCUGCUCCUGAAGGGGCCCUACGACGACGUGAAAAUCAACCCUGUGAUCUAUCACUUCGUCUUCACCAAUGAGAACAAUGAGACGGAGUACGUGCCGCUCCCCAUCAUCGACUCUGUGGAAUGUAACAAACUGCUGGCUGCCAAGAACAUCAACUUGCGGCUUUUUAUAUUCCAGAUACAGAAAUAGGCAAGGCUGAGUUAUGCUGGAAGUUACCAAGAAAGCACCACUGAACCAUAGUUACCUCGUGCGGCUGCCUGUGCCCGUUGUGAUUUCACAGUAAUUUGAUCAUUUUAAAAGGAAAAAACCAACCAAACGUCUGCAUGUGUAUGCAACAGCGUAAGCAGUCACAGCCUUCCCUUCCCUUCCCUUCCUUCCCCCAUCUUCCCCAGGGACAGACAAGAAUGGAGCCAGGUCCGUGCCGAGGACUGGCACAUGGGGGUGACAGCUGGGAAGCUUGCAGGUGCUGGCAGCAUACCGAGAGCUCUUUGGCAGGCUGUGGUGAGGGCACAGCGAUCCAAGCAGUUCAGUAUAUUGUGAAUAGACGGAGUUAUGUUGUCAUGGUAAAGUGCACAGUCUACAUGUGGCAGUUGGGGGGGCUGUAAGGGAGGCCCCUCCUUUCAGGCAGCAUGUGGCUUGAAUGAACUGGAUACAUUUCAGUUUCCUGUUUUGGUUUUGGGGUGGGGCGCACAGAGACAAGUGUAGCUGCGAUCGAGGGCUUGGGAGAGCCUAGUUCAUUAUUACUUGUGCAGUCUGGUCCUCUGUCUAUUUUAUCAGUAGAAUAAAACAAAUGGGGACCCCUCCCCCCUGAAAACACUAAUGAGGUGUUUGGGGGCGUUUGUGGAACUUGUGCGGGCUGGGCUGACGUUCCACUCUUCUAUGGGACAAGGAUAGAGGUGGGGAGAAAUGAUGGCGCUGUAGUGCAUUACAUAUGAAAGCGUUCCAAAGAACCAGACUCCCCACGUGUGUAUAGUGUGUGUAAACUAACCCUUCGUUCCAUGUUCCUUUCGUCCCAACCUUUUGGUCCAGUGGCGUUAACCAUUGCAAUGGUUUGUAAAUGGAAGUUUAAGAUGCAGGGCGAGGAUUAUGAAAAGCGGACACGCUGAGCAUUGCACGAUCUCUCACGGGGUUGUGACGUGACCCUCCUGGACUGAGAGGGCUUUCCUGGUAAUUCCCAAGCGAAGAUGGUCUUGUUCUCAACUACCUUAGAAGUGGUUAUUGGAGCAUUUUUGUCAGGACUGUGCUAAUGGCGAAUGGAUCCGAACGGUUCAUUGUCCCCUCUCCUGCCUUCCCCCACAAACACCACCCUGGAAUGCUGCAAACAAAAUACUGUAUCUCUAGUUCAUUUUGUAUUGCACAUCAUGAAGAAACAACCCCAAGGUCAUUUCUACAGUUCCAUGCUUCCUCCAGCCCUGCAAUAUAGCACAGGUUGAGAUUUUAUCUAGACAAGAUGAGGACUUAUGUAGAAACCAAACCUAAAUUCUUGCAGACUUUUCGGAAUGCAGGGUGAAAUUCUGUCCCUUUGCAGUUUUGCCAAAACUUGAGUUUCUUGUGAAACAAGAAAAAAGAAACGAGUUGCAGGCUCUUCUAGUAAUUAUGCAAUUUUACAGUGUGAGAAUAUUUUUUAUAUAUGAAAUAUAUACAGCAUGUUUAUGGACAGGGAUAGUGCAGCCAGUCACCAAAUUGUGAAGAGAUCUACAGGGAUGUUUCACGUGACACUAUUUUUAAGAAAUGUAAAUGGGGGGUAUUACUGGUGGUGCAGGAAAACUCUAUCACAAGCUCAUUAAUGCCGUGUGUUCAAGACCAGCCCCCCAGUGAAUAUGCCCAUUGAAGUCAGGCCAUCUCAUUUUAUUGUGGACUAACUGGAUUGGGUAUGGUGUAAAUCGUGAGAACCUCUCGCAGAUGCUGCCUACAGUGAAGCUAUUACUGUUUUACGUUCAGUAAUUAAGCUUUUUCUGCCGGGCUUUUCAUUCCGAAUCAUGUCAGCUUUCCAGCCUAGCUUUCUCACCUCCCACUGGCCCUUCGAAAGGCAGUGGCCAAUGGGAGUUCGAGCCCUUUGAUUGGUAACUUGAUGAGUCUUUCUGCUGAGCCCCGUGGAAUAGGAGAAUGUUUAUAGCAUGAAGCCUAGUCAAUAGUCUUAAUAGUGUCUUGAAAUCUUAGUGAUGUCUUUUAAAGAGGCCUAGAGUUUCAUAGAAUGAAGGGUAUUACUGCCAGGUUAAAAGAUGUGUGUUCAAAAUGCUCAGUUGGAAUGGAUGUGAGAUUUACAAAGGAAAAUAACUUUCCAUUAGCUGCUGCUGUAACUGUCUAGUGUGGAGGUUGGAGUCUGAGCUAGUGCCACAGGUGUAGCCCCUUCCUUCACGUCUCCCCUCCCUCACCUUGAGAGCAGAAUCUCCGCUCCUAGAGCCCCAGGUGUGCGAAAUGUCUAACACUGAUUGCUAGAAUUGUAAGCUGUCAUUUUACGUAGGCUUCUCCGUAGCAUCAGAGGAAUACCAUCUAUUGUAGCUUUCUUUUGAUUAAAUACCAAAGAGCCAUUUCCCCGUUAGCCCCGUUACUCUUCGUUAUUGUCACAUGCUACGUGUUAGACUGACAGAGUAAAUAGCAUGCAACAGGCCAGUCUGUAUUUGGUGGCGGUUUUGAGUGUCUAAGAAUGACCCCAACACUACAGUGCCUGUAGAGCAGGACAGACCACCUUGUAAAACUUCAGAGGAACUGGGUUUUUAUGAUGAAUGUAAGUUUUUUUCAAAAUGGACAGUCUCAGGGUUGCCUGUCUUCUGUUUAGCAACACUGAAGGGAUCACCAAAGGCUGACUCCAUUUAGGGCUGUUUCCUGAGAUCUAGUCACUUACAGGAUAGGUUGGAAGCCAGUUCAGGAAAGAUGGUGCCCUCAGGAGGAGCCAUUAAGAACAAGUUGGCCAAGAUCAGAGUCCCUUGCUUGGAAAAGUCUAGAGUGGAGUCAAACACCAGGGGCAGACUGAGACUUCCCCCUGGUUAUGGUAAGGGAACUUGCAUUGCAGUUGUCUUCCCAUUGUCCCAGCCUGCAGUUGUUCAGUCUGUAGCACGGUUUGUUCCUUGGUGUCAAAUGCACAAAGGCUUGUCAAGGAAACAAAAAUUCCCCUGACCGGGGGCUGUUGUAUGGUAGCUCACUGGCUCAGACAGUGCCACACGAAUAGAGCUUGUUUUUUUACGAGGAGCAAGAACUCCAGUGCAAUCUGGUACAGGCCACUACUUCCUUCUGUGAGUAGCAAUAGCUCUUUCAACCUGUCCUUGUUAACACUUACUGUUUUGAACAGGACUAGAUACCCACCGGAUUAUUGAUCCUACUGGAGUAUCGGGGAUUCCAAUGUUCUGCAGACCCUCCAUGAGAAUAACAUAGGGUGGCCAGAUGUGGGUAACAUGUCAGCAUGACAGAGCAUGUCCUGUUGGAUUACAUGGACACUUAGACCUCUGCUCACUUUAUGCAGAGUACGCCGACACUGUGGCAGGUAUCUUCAGAGUAGUAUCGUUGGAAUGACCAAAAGUGAUCUAGAAGUGUCUUGGCUAUAACCUUUGGGAAGUGAAGACUUCCAGCCCUGGCAUUUGUGAAACUUAGACUUGUCUUCUUCUAAGGCUCUAAGAGGCUCACACUUGAGUGAAGAGUUGAGUCACGUUGAGGAAGGAUUUGCCUGUCCUAGUGCAUCUAUCUGGAAGGAGUUGCUACGUUAAGUCCUGUAAUAGAGUAUGAGAAUUUAGUUAAAGCCACCAUGCAAGCUAAUCAGUGCCCAAGGUAGGUAUAUUUCUCUUUUCCCACUGUUGCAUAGGCAGGAGGGUGAGUAUUUUCUAGAGUCAUUAAAGAUCACCUUAGGAAUGUUCUGCAGCAUCUGACACUUUCCAUUUAGUAGAGACUAGAAGGCAUUGAUCACUCUAUAACCAGUACCACUGGUGUGCUAAUACGCCUGGUAUGUUCAUGUGCUUUCUACUGAGG